AAAUGCAGGAAGAGUGCGAUAUUCAAGUCACUUUGGAGAAGAAACUAUCGGUUGAAACCAGGCUCGACGCUGUAGCAAGUAGUACCAAUUUGUCUGAAACAGAAAUUAAAAAAUCGAUACCAGAAGAUUCGUCCGUGGACUUCGAAGUUCUAUCCACCUCGUCAUCCGACGUUCUCACAAAAAUUACCUUAGAAUCGUUGAAAAGCGAAAGCACAUCAGACGACCAAGCGAAUAAAUCAACCCUCGAAUCUAUACCGGAAGUCGAUAACGAGGACGACUCCAAUUGGCUGUCGUAUUUCGAUUGUAACGCGAUCUUCGAUGUAACCUGUGAAAAUCUGUCUUAUUACAAUUCGACGAAAGCUGAAAAAGACAGCGACAGCGAUAUGGAUGACACUUUGACGUUUGACGAUGCUGAAGAAGGUGAAUCUAUGACUCUGGACGAAAACGAUAGUUGUUGCACCAAGUCUUAUCGCCAGCGAUCGUUUGAAGAUUUUUGUGAAAAGAAGCUUGACAGACUUGACCAAAUGACGGAUAAUAACCAUCCCACUGUUGUCUCCGAUAAAAUUUCUUUGAUCGAGAUAAAUCGCGAACGAAAUAUUUGCAAGGAGACUGAUCAAGAUAUUGCGAACAAAAACGAUAAAAAUGGAAAUAAUAUCGACUGUUAUUCAGAAGAUCAAACGAUCGAUGAUCGAACUAAGGAGGCAAAUAUAGAAAUGGAAGAGUGUAUGGAAAAUCAGAAACAUGAUUUUGUUCAUAUCAGUAACGAAGAACUGAUCGAAGAAUCGAACAGGACGUCAGACGGUUCACAUUUUUUAAGCGACUGGGAUGAUGAAGACGAAAGAAAUCUGGUUUAUUCUUCGCCUAAUGUGAAUAUUUCUGCUUAUUUUAAAUUUAGAGAUAGCAUGAAAGAACCUAAAUUUGAAGCAACUUUGGAACAACCGACUUCCAUAUUUUCGAAUAAAGGAAACAAAGAGCCAUUGCUUUUGGAAGAAAUUGUCGGAGAAUCUACCGAAAAUGAUAAAAAAGCGACAACGAAUGAAAUAGAAGAUCAAUCUACAAAAGAACCAAAAUCGGUAGAAGAUUUGGUAAAAAAUUUUACGGAAGAUGUACGUUCAAGUCAAGGUCAGGGAAUGAAGUUCGUAGAAUUGGGUUCUCCGGAAGAAUAUUUAGAAAAAUUGGCAGAGAUUACGGAAGCAGAUUGUCCAAAAUCCGAGGAAGAAGUUCAGGAAAAGUUAAAAAAGAUCGCCGAGGGGAAAGCAAAGAUAGAAAAUCAGAAAAACGAGGCUUUGAAGGAUCUGUCUGUUGAAUUUAACGAGAUCGAGAAGCUUGUUGCAGAAACGAAAUCUAUCGAACAGUAUAAUAGCGAAUCUGACGAAAGUCUAGACGAAUCGAAGGAAGAGGAUGGCAUCGAGAUGCCUUUGACGAAAGAUCAAGUAGCUGAAAGUUUUAAGAUGAAAAAUACUCAAAAGGAUAUGGAAGACGAGGAGAAACGUCGUGCAGAAUCGUUGCAAGAAUGUCUGCAAGUUAUUCCAAGAGACCCAGAAGAAUUUAUACAAGACGAAAUUGAAGGGAAAGCGGAGGUAGAAAAUAGAAGAAACGAGAUCUUCAAGGAUUUAGCGAUGGAAUUUAAUGAGAUUGGAAACCGUUUCGCGAGAGCAAACAAUAUUGAAAGUUUUAAUAGCCAACCUAACAAAAAUCCGAACGACGGUAUCGAGAUUUCUUUGAUCGAAGAAGAUCAAAUAGCUGAAAGUUUUAAAUUCAAAGAUAACCAAAACGAUGUGGAAAAUGUGGCGGAACAGUGUAAAGGAUUUUUAGAUGAGUGUCUUCAAGGUAUUCCCAGAGAAAUAGGAGCUGAAGAAUCUACUGAAGACAAAGGUACGUCUAAAAUUGAAGAAAACGUAGGAAACAUCGAGGGAAAAAUUGAAGAAACCUUAGAAGAUAUUGUUGAAGAAAAACUUGUGGGAAAUUUUAAAAAUAUUUCUAAAGAAAAAGUCGAACAAAAGCUUGAAGAUGCUAUGGAAGAAGAGACUAUUAAAAAAAUUAUUGAAGACAAAAUUCCACAGAAUCUGGAAAAUAUUGUUGAAGAAGAAAGUGUACAAAAUGUUGAAAAUAUUACUGAAGAGAAGAUUGAAACUGACGAUGCUGUCGAUAAAUCAGGAACUUUGAAAGAAACUACUGCUGAUACAAAAUCAACGUCAGAAACGGCGAUCAGAGGAAUUGUCCAAGAUAUUAUCGAAGACACAGAAGACUCAAUUUUUUGGCAAUUCUACAAACAACCGGAGAGAAUGUACAUAAAAGGAAAAGUUUACGAUUUCGAUCCCAAGAAACACGGUGUCAGGUACAGUUGCAAGAGCAAUGCAAUUUGUAAAUGUACUUAUAUCGAUGAUUUUGCGAUACGGCAAUUUGAUGUUUGGUGA